AUGGUGUACUCAGCCAUUGCAAGCAGCAGCUGCAAUAGUUUGGAGGCCACUCGUCUCUGCAGUCGCUCACAUAUGCACAUCCAGCAAGGUCCGUCAGCCUCAGCAUCCUCGCUUUUCACCCUGGAGGGUACAGGAGCACAAAGACAGCUCUUUAUCAUGAGGUCCUUCUUCCUAAUGCUCUUCUCCCUGUUGCUGGUGUCCCAUGGAUCUUCAGCCGUCAUCACCGGGGCCUGCGAAAGGGACUCUCAGUGUGGAGGAGGGAUGUGCUGUGCAGUGAGUCUGUGGAUCCGCAGCCUCCGUAUGUGUACGCCCAUGGGACAGGAAGGACACGAGUGUCACCCUAUGAGCCACAAGGUUCCUUUCUUUGGGAAAAGACUCCACCACACUUGCCCCUGUCUGCCCAACUUGUCGUGUAUCACCAUAGAGGAGGGCAGAUCUAAAUGUCUCUCACCCUACAAGUAUCCAGACUACUACCUCUGAGGACCAACACAACAGUUACACUAUUUGCUAACUGCACUGUAAUUAUUUUACCUGCCUUUAAAAGCCUGUUUCCACUUUUUCAUUUAUUUUGAAUAAAGAGAUAUAUUUAAUAAUGCAUCAUCGUUUUGGCUCAAGAUAAAUCAAAGUAUAUAUUCAAAGGAAAAUCCAACUGCUGGAUCUUAGAACCAAGAAACUUUUUAAGAUGAUUCCAUGUGGGGAGAGAUGACUGCACCCUGCUGUUCAUGAUGAUGGAUGAGUGUUGUGAAUAUUAAAAAAACUGCAUCAUAUACUGUAGUUUCUUCUUAAACAUGU